UGGCAUCUGGGGUUUGCUUGUUUUAGAUUUUUCUGUACUGGGUUUAUCUGAUUUUACCAAAAUCAAGAAGUUGGGGUGUUUUUGGUAAUGCAUAUACCUGAUUUUGGGGGUUGUUUUGUUGGAGUUGUGUUCUGGUGGUUUAUGGAGUUGCCCCACUCCAAAGUUAUGUUCUUUUUGCCAUUUUUACUCUGUGUGUAAAUUUCUGGCUUUUCCAAUUCUUUAAAUUUCUGUGCUUUGGGGUAUGAUGAUGAUGAUGAGAGGGUGGGAAAAUGUCUGAGAGAACUAUAGCUGAGGAUCUUCUGAACAACAUUGUGGAAUCAAUUGCUGAUGGUCUAUCAAAGCAGAAGUCUCUGUCAAAGCAGACGUCAGGGUCCUUCUUUGAACAGGAGAAAUCAAGCUCAGUUAAUUCUCAGCUCAAUAGGCUAUUUGGCCGUCAAAAGCCAGUACACCACAUUUUAGGUGGAGGCAAAUCUGCUGACGUCCUGUUAUGGAGAAACAAGAAAAUCUCAGCUGGUGUUUUAACCAGUGCCACUGCCAUCUGGGUGCUAUUUGAGUGGCUGAACUACAAUUUUCUUUCACUUCUAUGCUUUGCUCUUGUCAUUGGUAUGAUUAUUCAGUUUCUUUGGAAAAAUGCUUCUGGCAUGAUAAACAGGUCUCCAGCUAAGGUCCCUCGUCUUGUCUUACGUGAUGACCUUUUCAUCAGCAUCGCCAAGUCAAUAGGAGCUGAAGUAAACCGUGCUUUGGGCUUCCUUCAAGAUGUUGCCUGUGGGACUAACAUCAAACAAUUCUUAGCGGUUGUGGCGAGCUUGUUGGUUGCUGCUAUUAUUGGAAGCUGGUGCAAUUUUUUUACUGUUCUGUACAUUGGCUUUGUUGCUGCACAUGUGCUUCCCGUGCUGUAUGAAAGGUAUGAUGAUCAAGUUGAUGGCUUCGUAUAUAAUGCUCUCGAAAAGUUUCAAUGCCAUUACCAAAAGCUGGAUCAUCGCGUCCUCAGCAGAUUCCCCACGAGCAAAUUCAGGCUAAAGAAGUUCGAAUAGGUUAAUCAGCAGAAAAAACGAACUUGUGCAUUUCCUGCUAAGGAAGCAAAAUGCUUCUUUUUGAGCUUAGAAUUAGUCAAGGUAAUGGCUCCAUUAAUUCAAAAGAAAAGACAAACGAUGGAUGGCAACGGAGAAAUUUUAUAUGUUCAAAUACUGUAGUUCUAAUAUGGCAUUUUGAAAAUAAGUUGCUUUGUAUUCUUUUUUUCUUACCAUCUUUCAUCUGUAGUUGUAGUAGUUUUAGAAGCAUACUUCUAUGUUGCUUAGACACUACUUGUUACCACACCAGUGUCCAUCCUCCUAAAAUGCAUAACUUUUGAGGA